AUGAACAACAACAAUAAUAUUUAUAAGCCACUUGUUGGUGAAGAGGCUGAUCCCUUUGCCAACAACGGUUCAUCCAAAUACUCAGCAGGUGGAAGUGUUAGAUAUAGACAAGUCGACAAUGAUGACUCUGAUAACUCUAGAGGCGACUCAAAGACUGAGAAUGAUGCAUUGAUCACACCUGGUAAACCUGAUGAUGAUGUUCAACUUAAAGCACAAUUGGAUAAGGCCAACUUCAGACAAAGGAUGCUAGGCUUUGGUAUAGUCAUCUCAAUCACAAUCCUAUUAUCAGCCAUCAGUGAACUCAAUCAAUAUAUUCUCUCAACAAGUUACAACAAACCUUACUUCCUAGUAUUCUAUAAUACAUUAUAUCUUGCAUUUGCACUGCCUAUUGAGGCUGUGUUGUUGAGUCGUGAUAGGUCUAAAGAGAGGAAGGUACCACUUUUGAACAACACUCAAGGUACCUCAAUCAAUGAUGAGCAGCAACAUACUUCAUCAACAGCAAUGACAACUACAAGUGAUAACUCUCUUUUGGAAAGAUACAAAAUGGAGUAUGUAAAGGCCAAGCUCCCAUUCAGAAAGAUGCUUAUAAUAUCAUUCUGUAUGAGUGUACUCUUUGUUGGAUUGAAUUGGAUAUGGUCAAUUGGAUUGCCACUCACUGAGGUUAGCACAUCAACUGCUCUAUACCAGUCGGCAACAAUCUGGGUCUUUGUGUUCUCGAUAUUCAUACUUAAGGACAAGCCAACACCUCUCAAGAUUGUAUCCAUAGUCCUAUUCAUUGGAGGUGUAGUUGGUAUUACACUUGCGGAUAGAAGUUCAUCAAACUCUACAUUCCCCAAAGCAGUACUUGGAGAUAUUCUGAUGAUUGUGUCGGCAGUACUUUGGGCUCUAUAUGAGGUUUUGACGACAAAGUUUGUCGGCGAGGUAUCAAGGACAUUGGUAAACAGCUAUGUUGGAUUCAUUGCAUUGUGGAAUGUGGUCUUUGGUGUACCAAUGUUGAUAAUCAUCAGUGUCUCUGGAUUGGAACCAUGGGAAACACCAAGUUGGACAACAUUUGGAAUGUUGACUGCAAGUGCAUCAGUGUCAUUCAUGCUCAACUACUUGAUCAACUGGGGUCUGUCGGUAACAUCACCCCUGUUUGUGAGAUCUGGCGAGCUGAUGACCAUCCCAACCACACUCAUAUUCGACAUCAUCAUCAAGCAUGUUCCAUUCCCACCAAUUGCCAUUCCAGGCUUCCUCUGCAUCAUUGGUGGCUUCAUCGUCAUGCUAUACGUUGAGAACAAACACAUGAAGGAGAAGGCUGCCGCCAAGACUCUUGAGCAACUUCAGAAGCACAAGGGAGGGGAGGUGGACGUGUCCUCGGCCGAACAAGUGGCUGACCAACAACAUCAUUCCUCUGAUGAAUAUUCGAAUAAACUUGAGGCCUAG